AAGAAAUGAGUUACUACAGGGUGCUACUGCGCUGAUGAUGUAAGAUUUGUACUGUGCCACUAGCAGGUGCACGACAGAAACGAAAUACAUAUCUUAGGUACAGGUAGAUUCUUCUUGAUCUGUUUAAACAGAUACUCAUCUAUGGAGCACAGACAGACCGAGUCUCCUCCCUCAUAUGACUAUGUGAUGAAUCACAAUACGCCUCCACCUUCAUAUCCGAGUCUUGAGACACUUUCAGCCACCCAAGUCCAGCCGUACUACAUACCACAGCCAGUACACCAAACACCUGCUCCUUGUGCACAGACAAUCCCAGCACAGACCGUUAGAGCUUCCUCACAAAGGAACAAAAGGUAUUGCUUUGGUGGGUCGAGUGUUACUGCUGUUAUAGUUGUGCUGGUUGUAAUUGCUGUCUGGAUUGGAGUGCGCUAUGGGCCGUCGCUAUGGGCUCUCACAGAAAAAGAAACGCCACCAGACACGUGCCCCCCUUCAUCAGUCGACUGUGAUGGAAAGAAAGACUGUUCUCAAGGCAGCGAUGAAUGUCGCUGUGUGCGGUUUGGCGCAGCAAAUGAAUUGCAGGUCAUGACCUCUAAGACCAAAAGCUUCCUCCCAGUCUGUGCACAGGGCUGGAAUAAAGACAUAGCAGACCAAACGUGCCAACAGCUUGGCUUUAGACAGAGUUAUGAAGUUGGUUUCCUGAACACCAGUUCAUUCACAUUUCAGAGUUUGAACAGUCAAUUUACAAGCACCAUCCAGGCGAGUGUUAAUACAAGUACAUCCUGUCCUGGUCAGCAGACUGUGUCCCUGCAGUGCAGCAAGUGUGGAAAGCCACCAGGAUCGAGGAUCAUAGGAGGAAAUGCAGCUGCCGACGGUCAGUGGCCGUGGCAGGCCAGUCUGCAUUUCCAAGGGUCUCACACAUGUGGAGGUUCUCUGGUAGCUCCAGACUUCAUCAUUACUGCUGCUCACUGCUUCCCCAAAGGAACAACCGGCUCACAGUUGCCUAGUAACUGGAAAGUGUAUAUUGGUUUGGUGUCCCAGCUCCAGCUUCCCAACCCAUAUAAUGUAAAGCAAAUCAUUUUACAUCAGAAUUAUGAUCCAGCCUCAAACAACAAUGAUAUAGCCUUACUAAAACUCAGUAAACCUGCCAGUAAUAUACAGCCUGUCUGCCUGCCUGCGUUUGACCAGAAGUUUCCUGCUGGAAAAAAGUGCUGGACCACAGGUUUCGGAGUUAUCAGACAAGGGGAUGAUAGUAGUUCCACUCUUUUGAUGGAGGUUGAAGUAAACCUGAUAGACUCAUCUGUGUGUAACUCAUACAGUGUUUACGGCGGACGUAUCACUGAAAAGAUGCAGUGUGCAGGAGAUCUUAAGGGAGGGAAAGACUCCUGUCAGGGGGACAGUGGAGGUCCACUGGUAUGUAAAGUUGAUGACAAAUGGUAUCUCGCAGGCAUAACAAGUUGGGGAAAUGGCUGUGGAAAGCCCAACAAUCCAGGAGUCUACACUGACGUAGGGCAACUUUUAAUGUGGAUAUAUGGCAAGAUGCAGCAAGAGCGACCAUGACCUUCUACAACAAUGAAGAACAAAUCUUUACAUUCUAUUUGCUUUCCAACUUACGAAUACACCCACAUGAAACUAAGGUAUUUAGUUAUGUAUUUGUUUUACACUUUUUUAUUUGUCCUUUAGAAUAUUACAGAUUAAUUUUUAACCGCCCAAUGAACGGGAACUAACAGAUAAAUAAACAGUCUUAAUAUAAUUUAUCAACAUUAUUACACAGUGUGUGUAUAUCAUUUUUGUAUUUUGCAUCGUGAGUUAUUUAUCUUUGCCUUCGGAGAUUAAAUCUGUCUCUCAUGGUCUUCUUGCUUCUCAAUGAGCUUUAAUGACCUUGUCAGCUUAUUGCAAGGGCACAUUCACCACUGCUCAAUGGUUAGAUAUUAAGAAAUGGCCCAAAGGCCUGUGUUUAUGCGCAUGUUUUCAGGUUUACUGGAUAAGACGGGUUAGAGUGAAGGGUUUGAAGGUCAUUAUAUGCAAAACGCACACUCUUUUUCUCUCCUCCCUUUAGCUCUCACUGAUUUGUCAUUCACUCCACCAUAAGAGAGUUUAAGGAGUUCCUGCAAACAUUCAAACUCCUCUUUGACUUACACCCUCACACACAUACAUCACAGUUCUGCAAUUAUCAUCCCUGAAAGCUUUGAGAUCCUGCAACACUGCUAACGAUGGGAGUGG